UUUGCCUAAAUUUAUUUUAUAUUGUUUUAUGUUUAAAGUUGAAACGAUAAAUAAUGAGUGAAUUAUGGAACAAAAGCUAUCUGUGUCGUUGUUGCCAAGCUAAAGAUGGCUUCAGAAGCCUCGGCGAGCCGUAUGUUCACGAAGGAGCGCAAGAAAUUUACGCAGAUAUGUUACGGGAUUGUUUGAAUAUUAUUAUGAAACCUCCAACUUCAUCCCAGUCAUCAUACAGCAUCUGUGAAGGCUGUGUCUGCAGGCUGCGGGAUGCAACUGUCUUUAAAAGGCAGGUUCUCGCAUGUGAGAGCUUGCUGAUGGAAUACAGUGAUCAGGUUAAUGAUGAAACAAGUGGAGAUCCUGAAAUAAAGUCUGAAGAUGAUAGCUGCUCCGAUGGUAAACAUUUGUGCAAAUAAUUAUAUUAUUUUUA